CAGCACCUCAGAUAGAUUCCUUCCCCUUCCUCUCUCCCCAGAUCUCUCUUCUUCCCCUUCCCCUUUCUCUCCUCCCCUUUCUUCUUCCCACUUUCCUCUGUUUUCCGUUCCUCUCAGCUAUAGCCGUCACAACUCCUUGCUGUGUCUAAUUCGGUUGUUGAAAUACCUCCCUUCCUGUGACAACACCUUCCAACCCUAUUUCAUCAAAACCCAAUUUCAAUUAUAUCACUAACAGCAGCAGAGGAAGCAGCAAUCAAGACGAUGGUGGCGACAGAAAAACCAUCUUACCGACUAUGUCUGAAAUCAUGGAAUCCUCAAAGACCCAGAACCUUAACCUCCAGCUCCAAACACUGGGACCCUUAUUCAGAAUUACAGCCAUCAACUUGGAAACCAAGAGAGAGCUUGGCAGGGCAAAAGGACUCAUAAGACUCUGGUUGGGAGGGAAAAUUCUUCACUUGGACUCCAUUAGACUGGGCAGAGAGACACUCAGCAUGGAGAGAUCAACAUACGGCAUUGGUUUGCUUAUUGGAGUUGUUGCGGUCCGGUUUGGCUACGAUUGCGGUUGCAGAACAGAAGAACUUCUUGCCAUCAAUGACACAAAUCUCUACCAUUCCAGAUUCUACAAACGAAUUAGGUUCAAGGCUGUACACGAAGUAACUGGUUCCUCCAUGGGAGACCUCGCCCACAUGCUUGUCUGGGGAGGCAAGGGGGCUCGAAUGGACGCAGAUAUUGAAGAGCUUUUGAUAAAAUGGGGAACCAGAUUUAAAGCACGUAGUUAAGUUGUCCGCUACACCCUGUGUCCAUAUAGGUUAAUCGACUUUAUUGAAUGCUCAUAGCCUUGUGACUGCCUUCUCUUUCUUACCAAUGAUCAAGCAAGUUGUUCAUUCUCCCUCCUCUGUGUUGUGUGCUGUAAAGACUAAAGGGUUUGGGGUUCAGUUUGUCAUGUCUUCCGAUCAAAUCUUCUGGUCUUCGGAAGAACAUUAAUGAACUGAUUUAUUUCCCUCCAGACUCCACACUUCGAAAACAGAAUUAUUUCCUGAUUCCAUUGUCUGGGACCAUUUCUUCUAUGAAGCAGAAUUCAACAAAAAGCGGACAUUUAGCGUGAACUGGUUUAUUUCCUUACUCAAUUAACAUUUGUACUUGUUAGUUUUUUGUUUUUAUAGGCCUUUCAUUCAUAUUAGGGAACGAUGUGGAACAAAACUGAUUUAACUGAGAAGAAGCCAGGUAACAAUGAAUCGGGAUUUAUCUAUCAUUUCAUGGUUAGCUGAGCUUGGG